AUGUCUUCUUUCUGUCGUCUUAGGCGCACUUUAAUAACUACGUGUGUAUUAAGUCGAUGCCAUUAUCAUAUACUUAUGUAUAAAACAAAUGUACGACACCUGUGUAUGGCAAGCAAUUUAUUGAAGGAUAAUGUCAGUUCAAAUGUAUGGUUGCAACGACAGAGAAAGGAUAUUUACGUGAAGCAGGCCGGCAAGGAGAAUUAUCGGUGUCGUAGUGCUUAUAAAUUGCUACAAAUUAAUGAUCGCUUUCAGAUUUUAAAACCCGGCCACAUUGUUAUAGACUGUGGUGCAGCUCCUGGAUCAUGGUGUCAGGUCGCUGCUCAGAAAGUUAACUCCAUAUGCAGCUAUCCCUCUGCACCGAAGGGUUUGGUUAUUGGAGUAGACAUACAGAAUAUGGCACCAAUUGAUGGUGUUCAUCUUCUACAGGCUAGCGAUUUCACAGUUAAAGAAACACAAUGUAAAAUCACAGAAAUACUUCAGGGUCAGCUGGCAGAUGUCAUUCUUAGUGACAUGGCACCAAGAGCUACUGGACUGAAGUCACAUAAUCAUGACAUAAUAGUUGGUCUGUGUUUUUCUGUCCUGCGAUUUAGUUUGAAUGUACUCAAAGAAGGCGGCACUUUGGUGUGUAAGCUGUGGAUGGGUGGUGAUCAGCCCAGGUUGGAAAAUGCCAUGAAUUCUGUCUUUGACAAUGUCAGGUUUGUGAAACCUGAUGCCAGCAGGGAUGAUUCUGCUGAAGUAUUUAUUCUUGGACGUGGCUUUAAACAUUCAUUACAGAAACACCCACAAGAGAAUAGUUAG